AUGGACGUUUAUGUUAUCGGUGAAACAUGACGGGUUAGAGCAGGGGUCGGCAAUAGGCGACCCGCGGAAGGAAAAAAUAUGGACCGCCAACAAUUUUCUUAAUUUUCCUAUAUAUCCUAUGCAUCACUCCCCCCCCAUCCUUCAUAACAAAAAUUAAACUAAUAUUGAAAUCGAUUUCAUGAGGCGCUGAGACAAUAAUAACGGUUUAUCAUUAUCUGUGUUGUUGUUGAAAGUGCCGCAGUCACGGCUGCGGGCCGAGUCGCUUGCAUUCGCGUGUGUGUGUAAAAUACAAUAUUCAGGUUUCAGAGGCGAAGAUAUAAAAAAUCAAGAUUUUAUUCAUUUUCCAACAAUCCUUGAAUAUAAAAAGAAUUCCGACAUAGACUGCAGUAUGUUUUUAAGUUUUUUGUCGGACCUUGGUGAAGAGAUGGUAGAGAUUCAAAGACUUUGCAGAAAUUGGAAAACUGACUCAGUUUUUAAAAAAUCCGUUUGAAGUUUCUCCGACUGGAGAAUGGAUUGACGUUGCUACAAAAUUAUUCAGACUUCCAAAAUCUUCACUUCAAAUGGAAAUUAUUGAUUUGCAAGAAGAUAUCUCAUUGCAAAUGAAUAAGACUUCGUCUACUGAAGAUUUUUGGAUAAAACAUGUCUUGGAUAAAUACAUGAACUGUAAAACCCUUGCCAUAAAAUUAACUACUAUGUUUGGCUCCACUUAUGUAUGUGAAACUUCGNUUUCAAAUAUGACGUUUUUAAAAAACCAAUACUGUUCAAGAUUAACAGAUCACCACCUUGAAAACACUUUACGCAUCAGUUGUUCUCCAAGAGUACCAGAUUUUAAAAAAGUAGCUCAAGAAAAGAAAUGUCAUUUUUCUCAUUAA